AUGUUUGCGUCUCUCGAAACACCUUCAGAGAGCUGUAGACCUCAGAGAGAACGCCUGUCAACGGUCACUUGUUGGUGCAUUUUGGUGAAAAUGAAUGCUCUGGAGGAUGUCCCGUUCCAGACAAUGCUGGGCCCACUGGAGGAAGAAGUGCAGCUCGUGACAGCUCCGGACAUCACUGUACCAGACUGUCAACAGAUACUACGAGACAAUGAGUAUAAAUUCAGUCUGGAGAAACGGAUUUUAAGUGGGCAAGUCUACCAGGCUCCAUCCUGCCCCCCCUACUGGCUGUUGUUCUACAGCCCUCAGGACAGUCGCAGGUCCAGACGUAGGAGCCAUCGGUCCCGCAGCCACAGCCUGAGCGCUGAAGACUCUCACCGCACUGUCAAGUUUCUCGUGCCAGACUCUGAGGAUGAAGAUGGUUACUAUGACGAUAAUGAAGGCUCAUCUGAUGAUGCACGUCGCCCCAUCAAGAUGAGAGAGCGGCCCUGGAGCGCUGCACCCAAAGACCCAAUAGCCAGAGUCAAAGACAUGGAACUUGGUCCUUCCACUUGCCACUGUAGGCCUGUUUCACCUCAGAGCGCCAGAGGCCAAAGAGGCACUUUACCUUCUCGACAAGACUCCAGACAAUCUCUGCGACCACUGCAGACUAGCCCCCUCUUAGGACAGAAGUCCACCAAAAAGAGGACGCGUUCACUGGGCCCUGUGGGCAGAAAGCCCCCCCAAAACACCCCACCUCCAAGCAGACCACAGCAGCAAAGACCCUCAUCUGCAGGGCCUGCUUGGAAAAACCGCAAACAGACCUUGAGGACAGGUGGCCCUCGUGGGGUUUUCUUCGAUUCAACAUCAGAGUUGUUGUCAGCACUCAGCCUGGAAGAGAGAGAGCUACUUGAAACCAUCACAGAGAGGGGAUAUCCCUUACGCACAGCUAUUCUGGCUCUGCAGAAGACAGGCUACCGCAGCCCAGAUAAGAUCCUUAAAUACCUGAAGGCCAGUGACCGUCUAUGUGGGCUGGGUUAUGAUGAAGCACAGGUGGAGGAGGCAUUAGAGAUGUUUCAGAACUGUGAGAGCAAGGCUGCGGAGUUCCUGCGCCUUCUGACUCAGUUCAAUGAGAUGGGCUUCCAGCAAAGUGCAAUUAAAGAAGUGCUGCUUGUUAAUGAAAAUCACCGUGAGAGGGCUCUUGAAGAACUCAUGACACGCAUGGCUUAAAACGAACAUCUUCCCAUCUUCAGUCAAGAUUAUUUUCACAUCGAAUAUGUAAAAUGUACCAAGGACACAGUAUGUGGUCGACGUUGAAUAUUUAACUGCCUUCAGUACAGUUAACAUAAAUCCUGUGCAAUUCAACCCUAGAGGCGUAGAAUCAGGUAUGAUUAAAAUUACAAGAAAAUAAAUAGGUACCACUUGGUUAGGAAUGAAUGUUUUAAAAGUUUAUUUACAGCUUGAUUUUAAAAAAGCAUUCAAGCAACUUUAGCUGUCAUUCCAGCUGGAGGAAGAUAAUGAUGGUGCAUUGGCUACAGUACUAAAACAAUGUAGUGCUCCACUGUAGAUCCGGUUAUAAUGAUUCCCUUAAAAAAGGCUGUACUCUGAAAAGAAAAACAACAAAUAAAAAGCCACAGCAGCCUUUGUACAAAUGUCAUCAACUUGCCACAAAAUACACAAACCUGAAAUAAAAAUCGUAGGAAAA